AUGAUGUCCUACCGAGUCAAGACACCCACCGCCAAGGAGAUCGGGAUCAACAUCGAGCCCACGGACACGUCCGACAGGAUCAAGGAGCACGUCGAGGAGAAGGAGGGCAUCCCGCCCGUCCAGCAGAGGCUCAUCUUCGAUGGCAAGCAGAUGGCCGCCGACAAGACGGUGCAAAAGUACAAGGUCAAGGGCGGCUACGUGCUCCACCUCGUGCUCGCCCUCAGGGGCGGUGCCUGCUAG